AUGGCUACUGAAGAUGUCCAGCACGCACUGUGGGAUUGUCAUGAGCUGGCGGCUUUGUGGGAGGCUGACUCUCUCUGGUUGUUUCGAAGAACAAAGAAAUUCUCAAAUUUCUUUGAGCUGGUGAGUCACGUGCAGGAGGAGAAUAUAAGUCCAGAUCGCUUUGCUGCUCUGGUAUGGACGAUCUGGUCCCAUCGUAAUGUGCUUCGAACCAGCACCAAGCCAUUUCCACUCUCCCAAGUAACCCUUUCAGCCUCACAGACCCUUCAAACAUUUGCCCAGUCCAUACCGGCCUCAAGAAUGCAGUCAGGUCCUUUGCCAAGACAGAACGCCAGCUGGUCUCCUCCACCGUCAACAAGCUUGAAGAUCAACUUUGAUGGUGCUGUAUUCCAUGAGUCAGACGAAGCGGGGCUAGGAGUUGUUGUUCGUGACCACCAGGGAAGGGUGAUGGCCUCCAUGUCCGAAAAAACCAGGUUACCAUCUUCCUCAGACGAAGUGGAAGCGAUGGCAGUGGUGCGAGCCAUCUCUUUCGCUCUUGAACUCCAUCUACCCUCUGUUAUUGUCGAGGGAGAUUCGGAGCUUAUUAUUUCAGCCUUACGAAGUGAGGAGGAGUCCUUUACUUCCUUUGGCCAUUUGAUUUCCUCUAUUAAGCAAAGUUUUGGAAGUUUUUCUUGUAUUUCUUUUUCGCACACCCGCAGAUCGAGUAAUUCUCUAGCCCAUAAUUUAGCUCAAUACGCUAGACACGUUGAUGCUCUUACAAUGUGGAUGGAGGAUAUUCCACCACAACUUCAUCAUGUUCUUGUAAUAGACUUUGGUUGA